AUGUCACCGUUCAAAAUUACGACUCAUUACGUUCAUAGCGGCGGCCUGUUCGCAACACAUUACCGUGGAAUCGCGGAGCCGGCGACGGGGGGAGGGGUGGCGCGGGGGUGGGCGCGUGGAGGGCGGCGGGGGGCCAGGGAGCGGUGUCACUAUCGUGACGAGCGCGCCCACACGAUCACCAUGACUACGGAGGCUCAGCGUCGAGUGCGGCCCUGGGUGGCCUUGCAAUGGAAUGGGGAGGGCAUUAGCCCCGUCUUGCACGCCGCUAUCAGUCCGCUCGCCAAAAUUUUCGGCGGCGCGUUUUCCGCUUUAAUGUUCCCCAUAGCCCGGCUCGACUGU